AUGACCCAGUCGGUGGUCGUGCAGGUGGGCCAGUGCGGAAACCAGAUCGGCUGCUGCUUCUGGGAUCUGGCGCUGAGAGAGCACGCCGCCGUCAACAAGAAAGCGAUUUAUGAUGAGGCAAUAAGCAGCUUCUUUAGAAAUGUGGAUACCAGAGUGGUUGGUGAUGGUGGCAGUAUUUCCAAAGGGAAAAUUUGUUCUUUAAAAGCACGUGCUGUCUUGAUUGACAUGGAGGAAGGGGUAGUAAAUGAAAUUCUUCAGGGACCAUUGAGAGAUGUAUUUGAUAGUAAGCAGCUCAUCACUGAUAUUUCUGGCUCAGGGAAUAAUUGGGCUGUGGGUCACAAAGUGUUUGGCAGUCUUUAUCAGGAAAAGAUUUUAGAGAAACUCAGAAAGUCAGCAGAGCACUGUGAUUGUUUGCAGUGUUUUUUUAUAAUACAUUCCAUGGGAGGAGGAACAGGAUCUGGACUUGGCACAUUUCUUUUAAAGGUGCUCGAGGAUGAAUUCCCAGAAGUAUAUAGAUUCGUGACUUCAAUUUAUCCUUCUGGUGAGGAUGAUGUCAUAACCUCACCUUACAAUAGCAUCUUGGCAAUGAAGGAACUUAACGAGCAUGCAGACUGUGUUUUGCCCAUUGACAACCAAUCUUUAUUUGACAUCAUUAGCAAAAUUGACCUCAUGAUGAAUUCUGGAAAGUUGGGUGCAGCUAUAAAGCCAAAGAGUCUGGUUACUUCAAGUACUGGAGUUUUUAAAAAGCGGCAGGAGAAACCUUUCGAUGCAAUGAACAACAUUGUGGCAAAUUUGCUGCUCAAUUUAACAAGCUCUGCCAGGUUUGAAGGAUCCCUUAAUAUGGACCUGAAUGAAAUCAUCAUGAAUUUAGUUCCUUUUCCUCAACUGCAUUAUCUUGUUUCAAGCCUAACACCUCUGUAUACACUGGCAGAUGUUAACAUUCCUCCUCGAAGGUUGGAUCAGAUGUUUUCAGAUGCCUUUAGUAAAGAUCACCAGCUAAUUCGAGCUGACCCCAAACAUAGUCUCUACCUUGCCUGUGCCCUCAUGGUUAGAGGAAAUGUACAGAUUUCUGAUCUUCGCAGAAACAUUGAAAGAUUAAAGCCUUCUCUACAGUUUGUCUCCUGGAAUCAAGAAGGCUGGAAGACCAGCUUGUGUUCAGUACCUCCCGUGGGCCAUUCCCAUUCAUUAUUAGCAUUAGCAAACAACACAUGCGUGAAGCCUACCUUCAUAGACCUGAGAGAGAGGUUCAUAAGGCUGUACAAGAAAAAGGCUCAUCUUCACCAUUAUCUACAAAUUGAAGGGAUGGAGGAAAGCUGUUUCACAGAAGCCGUGUCAUCUUUAUCAGCACUUGUACAAGAAUAUAACCAACUGGAUGCCACAAAAAGCAUGCCUGUGGAAGAUUUACCUAGACUAAACAUAGCUAUGUGA